GAGGAGAGUGUAGUUAAAGUAUAUACAUCGGAGAUCAUAUUAGCGUUGGAGUAUAUACACUCGCUGGGAUGUAUUCAUCGAGACCUCAAGCCAGACAACGUCUUAGUUGAUAAAGAUGGACAUUUGCUCUUAACAGACUUUGGACUUUCAGUUGUGGGCAUUUGUAGUGAGAGUAAUGGCAUCAAAGAGUCUCGACUAUUAUGUACACCAGACUACGUAGCUCCUGAGUCGCUCAAAGAGUUUUUCUAUUGUAAACAGAGUGAUUACUUUUCCUUGGGGUGUAUGGUGUUUGAGAUGAUUGUUGGCGUACCUCCAUUCAGCUGUCACGACCCGCAAGGUAUAUUCGAUCGAAUCUUGAAAGGUAUAUAUGUUUGGUACGACGAUGUCGAAGUGAGCGACGAGUGUAAAGGGUUUGUUGACAGACUCCUAGAGAAUGAUUACAACAAACGGCUUGGCAAAGGUGGGCUUGAUGAAAUCAAGAAAGAAGUGUGGAUGAAGGGGAUUGCAUUUGAUUCGUUAUUGAGUGAGUCACGAGAAGAUAUAUUUGUCCCAGAACUCGACGACGAGUGUGACACGGGAUAUUUUGAUGUAGAUGUUGAUCGAAACAACUCCCUCACAAAAAUAACAAAAACUGAGAAGGGCGACGAGGAAUUCGUGUCUUUUGAUUUUGUUAAUACAAAUCCCGUCAUUGACAAGAAUAUGGACAUCGUCGAGAGGAAAAGCAGUGCUGUUAAUAUAUGUGAAGACGAUGAUGAUGACACCGAGGAAUUGGAACCACAGUCGCCACCGCCAAAACUGACCAAAGCAGCCAGUAUGUUUAAUUGA